AUGACCAAUCCUGAGCACUACAUUGAGCUUGCUAAAACCGCUGAAGAAUAUGGUUUUACAUCAAUUGCACUACCUGAUUCUAUUUUUUAUUCAGAAGAAGUAUCUGCCGCCUACCCUUAUACAUCAGACGGCAAACGCAUGUGGACCGAAGAUACACCUUUUGUGUCACCACUGAUUGCUGCAGCCAGUCUCGCAGCAGCAACGACACAUAUUCGCUUUUAUAGCAGCGUCAUCAAGGUAGGUGUUCGAAAUCCUGUUUUACUGGCAAAACAAUUAGGUUCGCUUGCCGUUUUAAGUCAGAAUCGCUUUGGGUUUGGCGCUGGCAUUGGUUGGCUCCCAGAAGAAUUUAAAUGGUGUGGUACAGAAUUUAAACAGCGUGGCAAACGGGUCAAUGAAUCUUUAGAAAUUAUUCAAGGUCUACUCACAGGCGAUUGGUUUGAAUAUCACGGUGAUUUUUUUGAUAUUGGUCGCAUCAAAAUGCGCCCAGCUCCAUCAGAGAACGUACCUAUUUAUAUUGGCGGACAUUCUUUACCAGCUUUAAAACGCGCUGUAACCUAUGGUAAUGGCUGGACGUCAGCGAUGAUGACGCUAGUAGAGCUAAAAGAAACCAUCGAAAAAUUACACACGUUGCUCAACGAUCGUGGGCGCCAGAAGGAUUCAUUUGAGAUUCAAGCUGUUUGUAUUGACCAAUUUGGUUUAGAUGGUUACAAAGCACAACGCGAUAUUGGUAUUACAGAUGUUGUUACAGUCCCCUGGCUACUGUAUGGCGUUCCGCCUCUUGGCGACUUAGAGAAAAAACAAGAUGCUAUUAAACGCUUUUCAGAAGACUAUAUUCAACAACUUUUUACAUAA